CAUGGCUGCGAGCAUCGACGUGGCCGGUCUCCGUUCGCGCCAAAGUCCACCAUGAUUCUGUCUCGUGGGACCUGAGCAGAAUCCUUCCCCUUUUCUCAUGACAGCAACCGACAUUCAAGGCGUCAAACGAGGAGCCGUGGCGUGUUUGCAAGGAGAUGCCUUACAACACUAUCAAGCAAUCACCUGUCGCUGCUUCGAUGUUGGCAGCGACAUCUUGGGCGCCCAUAAUUUCUAUACCGCUACUUCGGACUUGGGCGAUUUUAGCAUCACACGACUGCAGGAGGUGAUCCUAGCAUCUGAUGAUGCUCACCUCUGGUAUGUGCCUUUCUUUCUUUGGUCUAUCUGUAGCCUUGCUGUAUAUUGUAACUCGUAACUGGAGU